CUCGUUGUUGUUUAAUGCAUGGUUUUUGCAUGGUUUUAAUUUCUCAUACAUCUGCUCAGGAAUCAUUGGAAAAUGUCCUCUCAGAUCAGCGCCGUUCAUACACCUUCGGUUUCACUCAGUAAAUAUCGGGACCAACACUUCAAGGGUACCCGGCAAGAGCAAGAAAAGUUGCUACGCUUCUCUGCAACCCUCUACGUAGGCAAUCUGUCGUUUUACACCACCGAGGAGCAGAUCCACGAGCUGUUCUCUCGCUGCGGCGAUUUGAGACGUAUCGUCAUGGGCCUCGACAAGUACAAGAAAACACCGUGCGGCUUCUGCUUUGUCGAAUACUACUCCCGGAUGGACGCAGAACACGCGAUGCGCUAUAUUAACGGCACACGACUUGACGAUCGUAUUGUGCGUGUCGAUUGGGAUGCAGGAUUCUUGGAGGGCCGACAGUUCGGGAGAGGCAAAACCGGUGGGCAGGUGCGAGAUGAGUACCGACAAGACCACGAUCUCGGGCGAGGAGGUUACGGUAAAAUGGUGCAGAUGGGACAGCUCGGUGCACCGACGAUGCGCGAUUAGCGGACAAGCGUGGCCUCAUUUAAGGUUAUUUAAGCUAUCAUGUACAUUUCACAUAAAUAUAUGUAAUCGAAUUUUC